AUAUUUCUUCCCAAUAGCCCACGAAGAACGUUGAAGAAACGAUGAAUCUUCUCUCCCACGGUCGGAACGUGUGGUCGGCGUCCCCAGCCGUUAAAUCAUCGUCAUCCCUUCCGUCUCUACAAAACCAUCGUCAAGGUUCGAUGAGGGAAAAAAGGCUUGCCGUUACCGUUACCGUUACCCAGCGUAGCUUCCGCCCACCAUCCCCAUCCCCAUCCCCUCCACAUAUAUAUACAAGUCUCAUCGAACCUUACCUAUUUCUUCUUCGAGCUUCCUUGGCACUACUAUAAUAAUACGCUUGCCUAUAUACAUAUAGAGAUAUACCCAGAUGAACUUUACCCGAUUACUAUUGCAUAGAGUUUCAGGUUAAACUUCCUUUUACGGACAAGUUUGAUUUCUCAGCAGAAGAUUUCAGAAUUAGCUGACAGUACUUGGAAAGACAGUCAUUGGAAAUUUUAGGAUUAUUGUUGUCUCAAACAACUGAUGCAAGCUAAAGCAAACAUCUUAGCAUGGACUCGCGCCAGUUUUUGGGAUACAGUGUGACUGGUGCAGACUUCGCCUAUUCAUCUCACCCCACUGUUCCAUCAAUCCCCGCACGCCAAUUCGAGUCUUUGAAAUUUGGUUCACGGAACUCACCAAACUCGCCUUUCUCAACUCACUUCGACUCUCAAACUCUCACCACGUUUAGCGACAGUCAGGAGCAGCAUAGCUCAACGGAAAAUCUUUCAAGUAACUCUUCACUUGAAACCAACAGCUAUUUCCAGCAGUCAAGCCCUUCUCUGGGCUGUCAUCAAGACAGUCGACUCUUUCAUUUUGGUGGAACUUCGUUUUCCCAUGAUGCAAACAGCGGUCAAAAAGCGAAGUACACUCUGAAGGAACUAGAGACCGCUCUAAUGGGGCCUGAUGAUGAGGAAGAAGCAAAAACGCCGAGUCCUUCUCUUGGGGAAAACAAGAGGCCACAAACAUCGAGCCAGAGGUCCAUGUCCCAGGCCACACAGUCCGCUCGAUCUGAACCGUACAGCUCUUCAAAGCGUCACAAAGCAACAGAAGAAGGCUCUUCUUCGUCUUUGCAGUGCGUAUCACCUGACGAUCUCAAGCAAUUGCUCGUUGAUUGUGCCAAAGCUUUAUCCGAAAACAGAAUGGAUGAUUUUGAGAAAUUAGUUGAUAAGGCUCAGAGUUGUGUCUCAAUCGGCGGAGAGCCAAUCCAGCGUCUUGGUGCUUAUAUGGUAGAAGGAUUGGUAGCGAGGAAAGAGGCGUCUGGUACUCACAUAUACCGAACUUUGAAAUGCAAGGAGCCAGAAGGAAAGGAAUUGCUUUCGUAUAUGCAAAUGCUUUAUGAAAUCUGCCCGUACUUGAAAUUUGGCUACAUGGCUGCAAAUGGGGCUAUUGCCGAAGCGUGCAGAAACGAGGACCGCAUUCACAUUGUAGAUUUCCAAAUAGCUCAGGGCACACAGUGGUUGACUCUCUUACAAGCACUCGCAGCAAGACCUAGUGGUGCCCCUCAUGUGCGGAUCACUGGAAUUGACGAUCCGGUGAAUCAGUAUGCCCGCGGAGACAGUCUGGAAGCAGUAGGGAAACGUUUGAAAGCAAUUUCUGAUAAAUUCAACAUCCCGGUAGAGUUUCAUCCGGUGCCUGUUUUUGCUCCGGACGUUACAAAGGACAUGCUUGAUGUGAGGCCCGGGGAGGCUCUAGCUGUGAAUUUCCCGCUCCAGCUCCACCACACACCGGAUGAGAGUGUUGUGGUGAACAAUCCCAGAGACGGGCUUCUGAGAUUGGUGAAGUCGCUCUCUCCUAAAGUCGUUACUUUGGUGGAGCAAGAAUCAAACACGAAUACAGCUCCUUUUCUCACCCGAUUCAUUGAGACUCUCAACUAUUACUCUGCAAUGUUUGAAUCUAUAGACGUGACCCUGCCGAGGGAUAGCAAAGAGCGGAUUAACGUGGAGCAGCAUUGUUUGGCUAGGGACAUUGUCAACAUCAUCGCUUGUGAGGGAAAGGAGAGAGUGGAGCGCCACGAGUUAUUUGGAAAGUGGAAGUCAAGGUUUACAAUGGCAGGUUUCCGGCAGUAUCCUCUGAGCUCUUACGUGAACUCCGUGAUAAGGGGGUUGCUGAGGUGUUACUCAGAAAAUUAUACGCUCGUGGAGAAGGAUGGGGCUAUGCUGUUAGGGUGGAAGGAUAGGAAUCUGAUCUCAGCGUCUGCCUGGCAGUGAGGAUAGGUAUGGCGGGGGACGAGUCGCAGAGGUAGGAAUGGAAAAACCAGUUUUACAGCUCGUAGGUUGGCAAAGAUGAUGUAGUCUCAGGGUGUGUGACUCUUACACUUUCAUGGUAGAACCAGCCACUGUUUAGAGGUUUAUACUCCAGUAGCUGCUGUUAGUUUUGUUGAUAUUGUUUUCCCAUACAGUUUUGUAUUCGUUCUUGGUUUCUGCCACUGUCCUUGAUAGUUGCUAAUACAAAAGAAAAAGAUUUGCUUGAUCCA